AUGGAUCAAGAAUACAUCGGUCUGAAAGGUUGUCGUUACCUCGUGCUUGAUGAAGCCGACCGCAUGUUGGAUAUGGGUUUCGAGCCGCAGAUCCGACAGAUUGUGGAUCUUUCUACUAUGCCUCGGAAAGGUGAUCGCGUAACAGCUAUGUUCUCCGCGACGUUCCCCAAAGAUAUUCAGGUGCUCGCACAAGAUUUCCUGAUGCCAAACUACGUAUUUCUUGCAGUUGGUAGGGUUGGUUCGACUUCGGAAAAUAUUAUGCAGAAGGACUGGCGCUACUCCUAUACUGGUAGCUACGGGCAGUUGCAGCUCGAGGGUCUUGCGACAUCGUUCUUCAACGAGAAGAAUCGCAACAUCGCUAGAGAUCUUAUGGACUUGAUCGUUGAAGCGAAUCAGGAGUUGCCAGAUUGGCUUGAGCGUGUCGCAGGCGAUGUGGCCCGAUUUGGAACUCGGAGCGGCGGAGGGCGCCGCGAUCAUCGUAUCCCAGUAAGCAGCAACCAAGGAAGGGUCAAGGUGGAGGCUUUGGGGGGCAGCAAGUCCAGAGGCUUCCAGGGCAGUGGUGGUGGUUUUGGUGGCGCAGCACCGCGUCAAAGCAAUCGUGCUCCUCCAUCAGAGGACUGGUUUGGCAACUAG